AUGGAGGGCGAGGAGGAGGGGGAGGUCCAGGAGGCGGCGGAGGCCGGUGGCGCGGCGCGGAAGCGGAAGAGGGUCGUCGAGGAGGCGGCGGAGGGCGAGGGAGCCACUGGGGCCGUGUACGGCAAGGAGCUGCUGGGCGAGGACGAGGACGAGGACGACGAGGACGGGCGGUACGAGGGCAUCGCGGAGGAGGCCGUGGCGGAGGUGAUGCGGUGGCUGGAGGCGGAGAUCACGGACAACGCCCCGCCUUCGCCGCCGCCGGGGUUCGUGACCAUCAACGGCAACGAGGAGAGCUGCGGGCCGUCCUUCUCCGCCGCGGCGUCCACCGUGAUGGCCUCCGUCGACACCCGCGCCGGCGCGCCGCCCCCGCCGCCCGUGCCGUGGCCGUGGCCGUGGCCGGAGCCGGAACCGCAGCCGGUCCUCCCUGCACCGGCCGUCGACGUGGGGAUGGAGAUGGGGAUGGGCGGCGCCGGCGAGCCCGCCGACGAGGAGUGGCUGACCCGGCUGCUCACCUGCGGGGCCCUGCUGGAGGGGGCUCGCAGCAGGUACCGUGCGUGGCAGUGGCACGCGUUUUUCCAGGGACCAGGGCCGGUCCAGUCGACGACACGACGUGCCCAGCAGUACGUGGAGGAGUACGCCGUCUCCAUCGAUCCCAUCCAUCCACCGUCUCAUCUUCUUCCCCUGAGCCGCUGGAGAGUGAUCUCUGGGCCAGGCGACGUGCAGCGCCGCAGCAGACGGGCACAUGCAGUGCAGCAGCACAGACGGUGCAAGACUAUUGUUGGCUCGUUGCACCGAACAGAACAGCGCGCGAGCAGUGGCCGCGACGGCUCCACCACCCGCAUCCGGCCAGGCACCGCAAUCCCCAUCGCCCGCCUCAGUCGUCUGUCCUCACGCACGCGCUCGGCCACGGACUCACGGCUGGACAGCUGCACGGGCUCCCAGGACCCGGGCCGUGGGCACGAGUGCGGGCGCCCACUGGGCCUCAAGUUCAACCACGACACCGGGGAGCUCUACGUGGCCGACGCCUACCACGGCCUCCGCGUCGUCUCGCCGGACGACGACGACAAGGUGUCGAGGCCGGUGGCGCCGCAGUGGUGGCAGGGCACCGGCCGCGCCUUCAGCUUCGCCAACGGCGUCGAGGUGGACGCGGACACGGGCGCCGUCUACUUCACCGAGACGAGCACGAGGUUGCAGAGGGAGUUCCUGACCAUCGUCAUCUCCGGCGACACCACGGGGCGGCUGCUGUGGUACGACCCGAAGAGCGGCGACGGCGAGGUGGAGGUGCUGGCCGACGGGCUGGCGUUCCCCAACGGCCUCGCGAUGAGCAGGGACGGGACACACCUGCCGCUGGCGGAGACCACGACGGGGAGGAUCCUCCGGUACUGGCUCCGGCCGGUGGCGAAGGCGCCGGCGAUCGAAGAGGUGGCGCGGCUGCCGUGGUUCCCGGACAAUAUCAGGAUGAGCCCUCGGGGAGGCUUCUGGGUGGGGCUCCACGCCAGGAGGGGCAAGCUCGCCGAGUGGUGCAUCUCCUACCCGUGGCUCCGGCAGUUUCGUCCUCGGCGCCGUCUAGACAUCCAGCGUGGCCAUAGCUUGUCUGCCGGAGACGACGAAAUUUACUAUAAUUAA